AUGAUAUUCACACAGGACGAGUUACCUUCUUUGCUGGAAGUUAAAGACACGCUUCACUUAUUUGGGGAAAUGUCGGGAUUGAUCAUCAGCUUUGAGAAGUCCGAACUGUUUCUAUCGGGCAUGAACAUCACUGAAAAAGAGGCUUUAGCAUUUGCUGUUGGUAUUGGUUUGGGAACUCUCCCGGUAAGUUACUUAGGUGUUUCGCUGAGCCCGGUACGGCUAGUUAAGGCUGAUUUUGCACCACUCGACAAGAUCAGAGCAAAGUUGGCGAAUUGGUUGAACCGUUUCCUUUUAGCUUCUGGUAAAAUUCAGUUGGUUACGUCUGUAAUUUAUGGAAUGGUGAACUCUUGGAGCAUGACUUUUGUUUUACCUAGCUUUGUGCUCAAAGAGAUCGACAGCCUCUGUUCCAGAUUUAUUUGGCAGUACUCAGUAGAUAAGACGCUUAGCCACUGGGUUUCUUGGGAAGCGAUCAGUAAACCUAAAGAAGAAGGGGGGCCUCAGGAUCCGACGAAUUCAAGAACAACACAUUGUCUUCUAGCUAAAGCUAAUUUGGCUGCUUUUGACAAAAGCGGGAUCACUUUGGGUAGCUUGGGUCAAGAAUUAUGUCUUCAGGGGACGCACGUUUUGGGAGGCUGGGACUCGACUCCUAGCACUUGGAAUUUGAAGAAAUUGAUACGGAUAAAGGACCUCUUUAGACAAUAUUCCAAAGUCUAG